AUCCAAAGUAGAAGGAGGAGGAGACACAUUACGCGCGCGUAAUCCUCGUCGCAUCGAUAAGGUACCCAUCGGGGAGUCGAAUGUUCUUACCCCCAUCAUCGUACCAGCGCCUCGAGGCAAUAUAUAAAUGCACCGUCGAUUGACAGAACGUACAGUUCACGUUUUGACGUCUGUUACGCUCCUUUUACUGCGUAGGACACCAGCCUAAGUCACGAGUGGGCACAUGACAGUGCACGCCACGUGCUUCGGCCGAAAAGACACGCGUGUGCCAGUCUUUAACACCAUCGAUCAAAAUGUUUCGUUCGAUCGUUUUACACCGGCAUAUCUCUCACCUAUGCCCCUGUUUAAUCGCUGUUAUGCUUCUCGGACUCUUUAUGCCGGCAAUUGCAGUUGACAGGCCGGAAACUGUGUUACUCGAUUUGCUUGCGAAACCUUUUGCACCCUCCGAUGGAGUGUCGGCCGAGUGCCUUAAGGACAGCGGAAUUUAUCUGAAGGAACUCGCAAGAUAUGCACCCUGGGCGCUUCAAAUGUACGACGCGUCCGUGAAAAUUCCAUCGGGCGUAAUCACGGGUAAUUACCAGCAGCUUGGUAAUUACGACGAGUGUUUGCUGGUAAAAAGCGAACACGGAUUCACGGGGAAGGCCUGCAGCGCCAUGGUGAAUUUCGAAAUCGCCAAGGACAAUGGUAAACCACGGGAGCCUGAUAUAGGUGAUCUGCUUGUCAACGUAGCUAUUGCAUCGGGCCACACGAAAUGGAAAUCGGGUAGUACGGUGAUCUACGAGUGGAUGUGGUGUGUUCCGUCGAGUUGUAACCACACGGAUAUACAAGAAGCCCUUGAGCUCGCCCUCGACCCUUUGAAGGUGGAAGAUCGCGUGGACAUGGUGGUAAACGUGUCGUGUCGCACCGCAGAAUCGGAUCAACCUGUUUUUGACGUAACCGACUGGAUUUAUAUCUCGGUUCUCGCGAUAUUCCUAGUGAUCGUUAUCGCCAGCACCAGUUACGACAUCGCUAAGCAAGGCCGUUUGAGUACGUUAAACCGACAAGGUAGGAGACACGUUCUUCUUACUUCGUUUUCGAUCUACACGAAUGGAAAAAAUUUAUUGAAAACGAACGGAAGGAAAGAGUCCAUCAAGUGUUUGGAUGGACUGCGUUACCUUAGCAUUUGUUGGAUAAUUUAUGGUCACACGCAUUAUACCGAGGUUGUGGGUGUUAAAAUGAAUCUGAACAAGAUUUCACAGAUGCACACAAACUGGGCCAACAUGUUUGUCUUGAACGCAAAUAUCGUCACUGACACGUUCUUCCUCAUAAGCGGUGUCCUAAUGGCGUACACCGCGAUGAUGAAGAUCGGGAAAGAUGUGAAAAGACGUUUCAACGUGAUCGGUUUAUACCUUCAUCGCUACUUUAGAUUAACACCAGCAUACGCUAUGAUGAUCGGUUUUUAUGCUACCAUCUUCUAUAAAUUCGGAUCUGGCCCACAUUGGGAUCAAUGGGUUGGCGCCAACAGGGAAUACUGUCGCGAAAACUGGUGGUCGAAUCUGCUCUACGUUAACAAUUACGUUCAUCUACCAAGAAUGUGCAUGUCUCAGUCUUGGUAUUUGGCAACCGAUAUGCAACUGGUCUGGCUGUCGCCGAUUUUCUUGUAUCCUAUGCUCAAGUUCACGCGAAAAAUCUUCUUCUGGCUAGUGUUCGCGUUUGGCCUCGUUGCAUCAAUUCUUAUACCGUUUUUAAUAACAUUCAGUCUCAGGCUCACUGGAACUAUGCUCUAUUACAAGGAUAACACGGACGUCGCCGAUGUUUACAUACAAAUUUACACGAAGGUUUACAGCAGAUACGGAUCUUACAUAAUCGGAUUGGCUGUCGGUUAUAUCUUGUACAAAUUUCGUACGAAAGUCGUGAAAAUACAUCGAACGUACGUAAUUUUCGGCUGGUUGGUCGCAUUCUUUGCUGCAUUUUUCGUCAUUGUUUUUCCUCGGUGGAUGUAUUACGAUGAUCAUCCUUACGACAGAUUGGAAGCGAGCUUCUACGCUGGUUUCCACAGGCAAAUCUUUGCGUUGUCUGUUUCUUGGAUCAUCUUUUGUAGCGUACAUGGAUAUGCUGGUUUCGUGGGUCAGUUCCUGUCUUGGAAUGGUUGGGUUCCCUUUAGCAGGCUGACUUACAGUGCUUACCUUUGUCACUACGUAUUUUUAUUGACAGACAUUGGAUCCACUCGAACCGCUGGCAUACUUUCCUCGAUGGGAAUCCUUCGCAGUUUCUUCAGCAAUCUGUGCCUCACAUUGCUGCUAUCCGUUAUCUGGACCCUCUGUUUCGAGAUGCCGUUCAUGACCCUCGAUCGCAUGUUCUUUUUCUACAUGAAAGGACAAUCGAACCUCGGUUAUAAACCGGAUCAAGAACAAAUAUUCGGUUCUCUCGAUUCCGGCAAGGGGAUGUAUCGAUCUACGGAAGAAUCGUCGCCCAACAUCUCCCAAACUAGCUUCGACUCGAACGAUUCCAGCAACGGUAGCGUCUACGAUUCCGCCGGGAACGUUAAUUACCAGCAAGGAAUCUUCGACACCAAUUGUUCGCAAGAUUUGAAACACGACAGGGACAACUGCCCCUUCAUCUUCGUAACGGACGAAUCGAAAAACAACAACACCUGGCCAAAAGUUCGGAAUAGUCAUCGAAACAACGGUUUCGAUUCGGACUCGGAAGAGUUUCAGAAGUUGGAAAUAGAAAAAACACCUAGUCACGAUUACGAAUCGAUCAUCAGCGAUGAUUUGACGAGGAGAGACAGAGCCAGUGAAACGACGACGGUGAACAGAAGUUGAUCGAGUGACUGGUUGAUCGAACUUAAACGUACUUGCUGGUCAAGUAUUUAUUCAAUUGCGGAAGAUAUCGGAAAACGUAGGAAAAAGUUGUUGCUCCAAGGACUCUUUAUAUGGAUAAUUAAUAGCAUCUUCGAACUAUUGUUAUACAUAUUUUAUGGGCGUGGUUGUUAAUAUAGUUGGGUUCGAAAAUAUAGUACGAUCUCACCUGGUGUUUUAUGUAGGAUCGCGCUACAUUACAAAACCCAGUUAUGUAUAUUUCCAAGAGAUAGAAAGCUGGUUAGUGAAAAGAGUACACAUUAUUAUUAUUACUAUUUAUAUUUUUACAUAAAAUCAGUAUAUUUUUAGUGAUCCUACCAUGCAGUUUAAAAGGAUCUGUUUGACAUUAUUGAUAACGACUUCUUUGAUAAUGUUUACACAGAUUUUUAGGGCAGACACGUCUAAAAGUAAUUCAGUGAGUUUUCUUCUUCUUCUAAUUUAUGCAGGAAGAGUGUAAACAAUAUCGGAAAAGCGUUUGUUAAAUCGAAUGGAUCCGUUUAAAAGCACUACUUAUAAAGAGAAUAUUCUGAUAACUAUCUAUAAAUUAUCAAUUACUAACGAUGGAAUUUCUGAUGCGAUAAUCAAAAGAAAAAGGACGAUUCUCUUUACGAAAAUAAAUUGAACGUUCGAUUAUAUUUAUGUUUGUUAAAAGAAUUUUUUAAAGCAUAUUUAUAUUUCUGUAAAGAAUCGUUCUUUCGAUGAUGGUAACAGGAUUAUUGAAUUUAUCCUGCACGUAUACGUAGUCGAUGUUGACUCAUUGACGUUGGCGUAAGGUUGUAUAGUUUAUAGUUAGGAAAUAAAGGUACAAAUAAGCUGUGAAACCAACGAUGAUAUCGAUUAAAUUGUAACGUACAUUGCCUUCUUCUUGAUGAACGAAUUAGGAACUGACGAAAUGUAUUCUCCGUGGCAAAAUGAUAUGUCGUCUUUCGUCAUGAUUGGUAGCUGAAAUCGACAACACGGAAUAGCGCCUUCAACUUAAAAUAAUUAGCAUUCUAAUUAAAAUAAAAAUUCUAUAUAUUCAAAUUUCAACCGAACUCUUUAACAUACUUUAAAUUUUAAUUUAAAUUCGAAGUAAAUACAUUGAUUUAAAAUAUAUCAAAUUGGCUGUUAACGUUGCAUAGUUCUUCCUACUAAUACUUUUACAUGGUUGUGGACGCUUCAAGAUAUAGACGUUAAGAUUAAUAGAAAAGAAGUCGAUUAACAUAUUCAAUAUUUAUGCAACAAAUAUUCUUAUUAUUUAUCCUGAAUUUAGUCGAUAAUAAAUUUGAACGCAAUACGCAGUACAGUAUUAUAUAUUAAUCUUCUUUAAUUGUAGCUUACAAAUUAUGAAGCGGGGAAAUCGAAACCUAUAAAGAUCGUUGAAUCUUGUCAAGUAUACGAUAGCUGUAACUUAAUUAUUACUUGAACACGAAUUUUUUAUAACAUCGAAUGUUCUCGUUUCAAUUAUACAUAUAAUAAUAUUAUGAAUGUAAUAUGCAGUAAUAAGUUUUAUAACGCGAAAUGUUUUCUUUUUCUUGUAUUAAAAACCGUUAUACCUUUUUACAAUAAAAAAAAAUACGAAAGCAAAUUAUUUUUACUACAAUUAUUUUUUGUCAAAGAAAGCCUGCAUAAUGCUCGAGUGCAUACGUAAAUUAGGUACAUGUAUCUAUUUCUUUUUCCAAAAAGCUAGACGAGGAGGAACUACCUGCUGGUGAAACUAGAAGACAAUAGAGCUUUGUUUUUGUCCGUGGAAGAAAUCGAUACGAUACGAUCGAGGAAGAAGCCUUUUGAGAAAUUGAUUUUCCUGAAACUUCUCGGCCAAUCGAACCUCUUUUCUUCUUAUUUCGGUGUUGAUUUUUGUUGUCGCUGUCCUUUCAAACCCAUCUAUUUUUGUUAUUUUUGAAUAUUUGAUUUUACAUGCUUCCAAGGAUAUCGAUCGUAUAAAAGGGGUGAUUUUAGCUACCCUCUAAUGGAUUGGAGAAUAAAAAUCAUACGGGGGUAACAUAAAUUGUAGUGAAACAGUGCCAAAACACGUUUGGUAUGUGGGAAUUUGAUGACACUAUUUAACAGAGGACGGUGGCGUUUUAAGGGUUGCAAGUGCAGUUGCAACACGUGCUUAAAGCACCCUUGGGACCAUCUCCCUUCCGUGGGAAAAUAGACCUAAUAUUUUCACGAACACUUCGGUCAAGUGUAUUUCGACCUUUCGUCUUAAUGACCACAGUUUCUAUCUGGAAAAGCUGGUGCAUUUGUAAAAUUCUAAAGUGUCAUUACACUUUUCAAAAAAAUAUGCUACUCAAUCUUCUUCAAAUUGUUCAACAUUUACCUUCAAAUUUCUUCUUUUCCAAAUACAGUUAGGAAGUAUGAUUAUUUAAUUAUCUACGGCCACAAACAGAUGAAGUAUAUUCCGUCCUGAUGCGUAUAGUAACGAUGCACAUUUUCGGAAGCAUGUUUUUCGGUUCAUUGUGUAUGCUAAUAACGCGUGGAAGAAAAAAGGCGGCCGAACAUUCAUGAAGCGGGAAGCGAGUAAAUCGUGGAAGAGAAUAGAAAGGACGAAUGCCUCGGUAACGUUUUCAUUGCGGAAAAACGGUGGGCUCGCAGAUGUCGACCACCGGCUGAAAUCCAUUCCCUUGUGUUCGUCGCCACGGGGUGCUGUUCGUCCUUUCGUCCUUCUGCCGCCUUCUUCAAACGACACCCCAAUUUACGCAAUCACGAACUGUCAUUCGUUGUUCGGUAAUAACUAAAUGCGUUGCGCGAAUAACGAUCUUAUCCACAAACUCCGUUCUUGCAUGGACCCAUUCAUUUCAGAAUCGAUAUUACUUAACGGGAUUAUACAGAACAUAUCGAUGUUUGUGGGUAAUUUGUGUUGGUUUAGGUUGCUGUUUACCACGUUAUUUAAUUAACAAAUUGCACAAAAGCUAGAGUAGCGUAAAAAUUUUUGUUCCGGCGCAUCGCGACGCAUCUUGCUUCCGGCUUAGUAUCUCGAAUUUCAAGGACACCGUGUCGGAUCACCCGUUGGACGUUCUCCAAUUUCGAGGACACCGAUCUCGUGUCCUGGACAGUUUUUUUCGCGAUAUCGACGAGAACGAAGGAUCGCUCGAUGAGACUGGCGCCGACCUCCCUCGACGAGGGAGUUUUCUUUUCUUCGGUGAGCGUCUUUCAUGGAGGAAGAACGUGUGUCACGCGUCACCGAGGAAGACAAGCAACGCAAUAAAACGUAACCGAAUACAUAGGACACAAUGCACCACAAACUUGACUGCAUCUGUUGGGCGUUAGCUAUCCUACUCACAAUGCAAAAUCAACAUAGUCUUUGUAAGAGUUCGAGGAGCUCGAAGGAAAUACGGUUCCUCUUAAUAUCUGGCACGCACGUGGAUGUUUCAUUUAAGUCACAACCUUGAGAAAAUUCUGCGGUCCCACACUUCGAUUGGGACCGAUGUCUUUUCGAGAGAUGUCUUCAAGAACUCGAAGAGCUUUUUUAAAUAACAUUAUGAACUUCAAAUGUUCAUGACGCAAAUGUGGUAAAUAACGAAAAGAACAAAGAGCUUGAAGUAUUAUCGUUCGAUGAACUUAAAAAGACCCAUAUUUGGUGAACACUUUCAUCGUAAUAAAGAAGAUGGUACAAGAAAGAGGACAAAUUGGAAGUUCGAACGAGUGUGAAAUACGAAGAGGCUGCAAUAAAAAAGGAAGGAAGAGAGAAGGAAAGAAUCUCAAGUGGUUGCAUAUGAGGGACGAAACUUUUCGGUUACCUACGUCAGCGAUUAUUUUCUCUUUCUCUUCGUUCACAAAUGUCGAGGGAAAACUCAUAAAUUUCUAAACGCCGAAAUUCUGCGACGAGCGAUGCUGGCGCCAAGUGAAAUUCGAAGGUCAACCUUUCCCCCCUUUACAAUCCAUCACUUUCGUAAUAAAAUAUUCAUCUGUUUCUUCGAUACUUCUAUGUAUCUAUAAAUUUUGUACACAUUGUGCAACAGAAUUUGCAACGAUUUUAACAGAAUAAUUCAAAGAAAUUUUGAAUACCGUAAAACAUAGAGGGAUGCAAAAUGAAAGCUUGCUUGAUGCUGCAAAAAGGGUAAAGAAGAAAGGAGCUUAUUUGAACGUGGAAAUAAAAAGAUCGUCGAAUGUCAGAAAAUUUCUGUAAAAAGUUUGCAUGUCAUUUAGUUAGAGGAAAAAAUCCGUAUCGAGUUUCAUGUAAGAGAUCCUACCGAUCGACGCCCACUACUGCUACGACCUCAUCCUAAGUAAUUUGAGACAAGGGCGUAACCAUCAAUUUCUUUUUCUUCUCGACAAGCUCCUUCUUCUUCUUCUUCUUCUUCUGCUUUUACCGAUCUCAACUUCAUCCAUUAUCUCCAAAAUGGCGUGUUUAACGUUACCAAUAUAUUUUCAGUUUGAACUCGUUACAUUGUCGUGUUUAUUUUUGUAUUUUGCGAAUAACAAAUUGAUGGAGGAUAACUGCGGAAUACCUUAAAUUAUAAUAAUCGCCGUAAUGUAAAGAGAUCGGUGGUACGGAAGUGGCAGCGUAUAAAAGAGAUGUAUCAACUUUUAUGUUUACCGUUUCCGGCGCGUUACGAUUAAUUGUCGUGUCUUUAGUCUUACGACCGGAGCUGAAAGAACGUCCGGGAGUAUUCUUUACCGUCAAAGGGAUUCACCCUAAUCGGUAAUAAUCCCAUGGGACGUUCCUCUGACCGGCACAACCUGUCGCAUAAAUACAAAAGUUGACACCUGUUUUCCUGUUCCAGCAUCACACGUGCUCCUCGUCGCCUCGAUCAUGCUAAUUAUCGGUAAUCAUAUCGUUUAUGCACGCACACGAUUUAAAAUGUGUAAUUCCAGAUGACAAAGUAUAUACGCAUGUAUGUGUGUGAUUCAUUAAUCGACGAUCGAAGAAUGUUAAUCGAGCGAGUCAUACUCAUAAAUGUAUAUUACGAAGUUACGAGAAGUUAAUGAGGAAAAAGAGGUGUAGUAAAUUGUUAGCGAUAAGCGUAGGCAUCUGGUUUUAUACCCGAUUGUCGCCAGACACGAUACACAUGUUCACACAAAUUAUUUAUCAGUCGUAUUAAUAGCCUUUUAAGUAAAAUUCUGUGGUCGUAACUGUCCAAGACAGAGUAACUACUAAUUAAUUAGAAAAAGCACGAAGAUAACUGUUCGAAUAUAGCAGCGCUAAACCCACGAUAAAAUAAAUCGCGCGAGACAGAGUUCUGAAAUUAUUUCACCGUGCUCACGUAUAGGUACGUUCUUCUUGCUCUUCGAUUUUUUCUCGUUCAUAUUUUUUUCUGGUUUUUCUGGUAGAUAGCAAAGAAAGUGAUUGGUCGAGUGGCUGGUCGGCAGUCUGGCCACAGAAACUUCUUGACAGUCUUGGAGGCGUUUGUCAAAGAAAAUGCCGCACGAUCGAGUAACCACUUCUAAACACGACUAAUUUUUUCCUUUGAUGCCAGACGACCGAUUACCACGCCUUUUAUGAGAACCACGCUUUUCCGCCACAAUUUCACCGUCCACGACAUUAGUCGUGAAAUUUGUCGGUUCUCUACUCGCGCAUCACUUACGGUUUCUUCGAUUUUACGUUAUUUCUCUAAAAGAUUGUACGCGAUUUCUUUGUGAAACAACCUCUGUAGUGACAGAGGUGUCGCUAAAUUUGAUUAGAGUAAUCGCGCGAAAAGGCCAUAAACAAAAAAAGUGAAAGAAAGACGGAUGGAAAGGGAGAAAAGCGUUCACCGAUCAGAAGGGGAAGAGGGAGAGACUGUGAUGCGGUUUCCCACAAACAGAGAGAAGCGAUUAGAGGGUGAUUAGAAAAGGUGUUCUGGAUUGCAUCCCACCACCGUAAAAGCGCCGGCGUUUCGAAACGGGUGACUGUCCAAAUGCUCCCCUCGGCACUUUUACACCCCCGAGUCGAGUAGCAGACACCGAAUUGGGCGACGAGCGUGUUUCAGGGGCUGAUACCAGGGGUUGGAAGAGAUUUCCCCCUCUAUCGACAACCAUGCGACGCACGCUCCCUUCUUCUUUUUUUACCCUCUGGUACUUGUGUGGAACUGUCGCGAUUAUUACUUAAUAGAUAUCGUGGUUAAACAGACUUCCGGUGAUAAGGGUAGAAGAGAAGAGGCUUAAGAG